GUUCCCGCUCACUGACAUGAUGGAUUCAGAUGCAGACGACGUUCCUUCCCUACCGCCAUGAGGCUUCUUUCCGCCGCGUCGACGCUGCUGGCGCUCGUCGUUUGCGCCAGCGCGCAGUACUUCUCUCAAGGCUGGCAGCCCGGCCAGCCUGUUGCGCGCGACGCGCAUCCGACGGGUACCGUUGAUAUUAAUCCAGCUUCUGCGCCGACGAGCGAAGGAGAUGGCUCGUCGCGUUUUGAUUUCACGAGUUUGCUCACGUCCGGACCCGUGGGCUUCCUGGCAGGGAAGAUGGGCGUGAACAUGACGGAGAAGUUGCAGCAGGCAAAGGCGGAAGAAGAUAUAUGGGACCCUCGUAUCCCCCUGAUUACCGACUCUAAUUACGAGGAGAUCGUCGUCAAUGAGCCUCUUUCACCGGAGGAAGAGAAAGACAGGGUGUGGUUUAUCAUAAUCUCCGUCUCGAAAGGUGGCAAAAACGCGUUCUCCAUGAAAGCGGAUGAGCACUUCGACAAUGCAUACAAUCAGUCGAUAAUCGAAGGUGACCUAUCAAAUGUCAGAUGGGGUCGCAUCGACUACUUGAAUGUCACCUACAUCACGACAAAGUGGUCGAUCUGGCAAGCACCAUAUCUAGUCGUUUUGACCGACCGCGGGCAAACAUUGCGCUUCUACAAAGCGAAUUCGGUCAGACUGGAUCCUACCACCAUCCGAGAAUUCUUAAGGAACGAGGGUUGGCGUGAAGGCGAACCUUGGGGUGGGCCCUUUGCACCAGGAGGACGAUGGGAAUAUAUCCUUCACUAUUUCGCGCUCUCAGCAAAAUGGGUCUACGAGUUCUUGAUCAUGUUCCCAAAAUGGGUGCUCAUGAUUGCGUCUGCCGGCAUCGCGAACCUCGUGAUGAAGUAUAUGCACACCGCCGCCGGUACAGGCAAGCCACAAGCAAACGCAAAAAAACCCGCGCCAAUCGCGCCUUCGUCGCCUGUAACAACGACGGUUAUCCCAAACAAGGCUAACCCAACUUCGCCGAAAAGCAGGACCAAACAACGGAAGAAUGCAAUAAAGUAGCUGCAUUUUGUAUCGAUGUGAUGUAAGAAUGCAAUACGUUUCAUAGGGUUAUAUUACAUUGCGUGACGUGAAGCUUUGAAAUUUCACCUACAAAAGCAGUUUCGCUUAUGAUAUCACGGUGAGUCCAAUCUAAUCGACUGGCCAUAAUCUACGAGAUGGGGUUCAUCCACGCUAGCUGACAGCGCCAAAGACUAAUAUUACAUUGCCAAGAAACAAGUAUGCAGAGACUUCCAUCACUCCCGGUACGGAUACU